AUGGCGAGCGCCCUGAGUAGAAGUACUACUUCCCGUGUAACUGCAGACUUCAACCACCUCAAAAAUAUUAGAGGCCCCACUGGCGUUUAUAGGUCGCCCGCGCGAAAACGAAACCCCCUGGCAGCAAAGCCAUUGGAUGCCCACCCAAAGGACCGCAUCAAAUGGUGGAACAUCGUUCCAGGGGACAGAGUCCGGCUUGUUAGAGGGCCAUACAAGGACUCCAAUCGCAUUGUUGAAGUCUUGAGCAUUAACAAGUACAGAAACAUUGCGAUGUUUAAGGAUUUAUCGUAUCCUAAAAAAAAGAAUGAUCCUGAUGCUCCGGCGAUGCCUGUUCAAGCGCAUUAUUCUAAUCUGCAACUGUACAUGGGGAAACGGAGUUCCCAUCAAAAUCCGACGCUGACUCUCGGCGUUUUCGCAACCCGGAUACACAUGACAAACCCUCGUUACGACAUUCGUCAACAGAGAUGGAUGUGGGACAGAUAUGCUGCCGCCACUUCGCCCAUUUUGCCUGGCCUUCAAGGGGAAGGCGGCCGACGCCGCCGUGUUACGCUCUCGGAAGCCGAGUCAAUCCCGUGGCCAGAAAUACCACGAAAGCAAUAUCCUCCUGCAAAUCUCCACGACACAUCAAAAAACGCUGUCAACACCGUUACUUGGAAACCUAUGCCGCCAAACGUGAAUCCCCUGACUCGCGAGAUAUUGCCGCCAGAUGUCUCGGCUACCUCUGUGAACUUCGAAGAGACUUACAUCCAAGCCCUAUUACAAAAUAGACUAUCGAAUCUUAGUCCCUCCCUACCGAUGGAAAUUUAUCUGCAUGAGGAGCUGUCGAAUCCUCAUUCACGGGCGAAAAAACAAAAACGAUGGCAAGUGCGAAUGAAAGCCAAGGAAGAAGAGCGAAGUGAGAUGAUCAGAAAGGAGAUGUUAGAUCUUCGUGGUCGAAAACGUGCCGUAGCUCGUCGGGAAGCAAUAUUUAGAUGGAACGCGAAGAUGAAACACGACGGAAAAGAAGCUCGAUACCGACGUUGGGUGCAGCGUGGCGGCUUGGAGCGAACCUCCAAGCGGUCAAUAAGAAAGGCCAGGAAGGGGGAGAGGAGACUGCGGCGAUUACGGAACUUGGUUUUGCAAGUUGGGACGAAAAAUCAAGUUGUCCCUGGAGUCGAGACGAAGACAAACUGA